AUGAUAAAUAGGAUGCUUAGAAGAUUAUUCAUACUUUUAUGCAUUUUAAAGCUUACCUCUCUCCUAGGAAAAAGCAUAAAAACGAAAGAUUUUUGAGACGAAGUAUCUAAAUAUAAGCCAGUGCAAAUUGCUGAGGAGACUGGAAAAAUCAUCGCAAAGACCUUAUGUGGGAAUGCAUUAAUUUUAGACAAUAAAGAACGAUGAUCAUAUAUUGCUCGUCCAGGAAUAGAGAUAUCACAACUACAUGUAAAAAAUCAAGAAAAAGAAGAAGAGAACUCUGAGAAAAGCACACAAAUUAAUACUCUUGGCUCAUGAAAUCCUAAAAGAUGCGCAGAAAGCAUUUUCCCUGAUAUGAGCAAUAAAUUGAAAAAAGAGUUGCACAUUGAUGGCAGAAUUGCUCGGUCUCUUAUUCCUGUCACAAAUGUCCGAAAUGGCUUUUUAAAAGAUUGAAAAAUUGCUAUUGGCAAUAAAAAAUAUGAAAUUAUUUUAAAAGCCAGUGACAAUUUAUUUUUACUUCAAUAUUCUCCUUUAAGCUCCCCUGGGAAUUUUCCCUAUAAGCUAAUAGAAGGUGAUAGCAAAAUUCAGUCUCAGAAAUGAAGUAAUAUUGUUGGAAAGUUUAUUUAUUGCGAUGACUGCGCAUUUAUAAGCAGUUUUUCAAAAAGAUUGCCUUUAUAUAUCUUAACAGAUUACGGGCUAGAACUUAGGAGAAUUAAAAGGUUUUUGGAUGAAACUUUAAUUGAAAUUGAUAGAGAAUUGAUAGGCACUGAAAUUGAGUAUGAUCAAAUAUACCAGCUUACUGAAAAAUCAGAAAAAUUGCACUUCACCAAAAUGCCUGGAAAAAUAAUUAUUCAAGGAUCCUUAUUAUAUGGAGAAAAUACUGAGUUCUCAAGAAUAGGAGAUUUAAAUAUUGUAUUUAUUUUGCCAAUAAUAAAAUGGCAUUCGGUUCGAGAGAAAUUAGCUUUGCUAAUUUUCUCUCCCUCAUGGAAUUUUAUUAUUAGGGUUAGGUUUUCACUCGCGAACUUCUGGACAGCAAUAGCGGUUUAACUUUGGGGAUAACCAAAGGAACCACUCCUCAGUCCACUCAAGAUCUCGGGCUUUUACCUCUCAGCACAUCCCCACGGGAGGAUGACCCUUAGGCGGAACACGCGCAGGAGCUGAGUCGAGCGACAAGGGCGACGGCAUCGCGCCGGGUGAGACGUGCAGCAAGGCCGGUGAAGCAGGAGUUGUUAGAAGGCUUGGACGGGGCUGACCCGUGCCAAGAUGGCUCGCCUACGUCAUCAGUUUUGCCCAUAGGCCAUUUUUGGCUGCGGCACUAGACACCUUAAACACCAGAUAAUUAAGUAAGUAAGUAUUUAUUUUGCCAAAAAGUAUCGCAAAUGAUGACUUUAUAGUAAAACCAAAACAGGAAAUUUUGGAAGAAGACUCGAUAUCAGCGAUAUCAUUUGUUUUAAAAGUGGUUUCUAAUGAUGCAAUUAUAUUGGAAUAUCCAGUUUACCCACUUGAGUAUUCUCCAAAUGAAGAAUUCAAACUUUAUUAUUUAGAAAGUGCAAAAUAUGAAGAGCCACUUUUAGGGCUGACAUUUUGAAAUCCAUAUUGCCCAAGUAAAAUGAUAUUUUUUGAUAGUGAAGAAGAAAGGAUUAAAUUUCCAGAAAUUUCUUCUUGCUUUACUUUAUUAACUGAAGGCAGUGGGGUAAUUUUAUUUGAAAUUCCAGAUGCUGAUAUAUACAUACCAACAAUUUCGUUAAGUUUUCUUUCCAGCGAGUAUGAAAUAUUAUUUCACUUAUACUUAGGAUUAAAUAACGGCUCCUUAAAUGCAUUAUCAUCUGAAAUAAAUCAAGAUAUAGCAGCUUUUAAUAAAAAAAUAUACACUUCUCUGACACAUUUUUGGAUUGUUAUAUAUAACGAAAACUUUUAUUUCGGAACUGGGAAAAAAUUAGGGUCUGGCUUGAAAAUAAGAUAUAAGCAUUCAAGCCUUAAAAAUAUAAACAGUUUUUUGCUUGGAGUUAAAGGAGAGGCAACAGUCAAAAACAUGAAGGUUAUGGAUGUAGAGUAUUUCGUUCAGGAGUUGUUUGAUGAACUGAACUUAAUACCAACACUAGACCAUUUUUCAUCUUUUUAUGAGCAUUUAGAAGACGGUGAUUCAGAUGAAACAUGCAAAAGAACAACCAAAGUAGAGUAUCUAUGUGGAGAAGAAUACGAAAUGGUCGAGGCUGAUGAAGUUUCUCCCUGCCGAUAUAUAAUAAAGCUCACUACUCCAUAUAUUUGUCCUAAAAACUGAGUCAAUUCUCAUGUAUAUAAAACUGGAAUCUCGCUGAAAAGAUACACAUAUGUCGAAGUUAAUGACGAAAUUGAUAGCUCUUAA